AUGGGCACCACCCCAUUCCACCGAUCCAUCCUCGAAGUCCGGUUGCCGAAGCACUUCGACAAACCAACGGACAUGAGGUACAAUGGAACUCAAGACCCUCUAGAACACCUCACGGCCUUUGAAGCGAGGAUGAAUCUAGAGGGGGUAGGGGACGAGGUGAGGUGCCGAACUUUCCCGGUAACCCUCGCGGGACCCGCGAUCAGAUGGUUUAACGGCCUCCCGCAAGGGUCCAUCUACGAGUUUUUAGACAUCAGUCGUGCAUUCCUGGCCCAGUUUACAACACGAAUAGCAAAGGCAAAGCACCCAAUCAACCUUCUCGGGGUAACCCAGAGACAGGGAGAGCCGACCAGAAAAUACCUAGAUCGGUUCAACGACGAAUGCUUGAAAAUCGACGGCCUAACCGAUUCGGUGGCCAGCCUUUGCCUGACGAACGGCCUCCUCAACGAGAACUUUCGAAAGCACCUUACCACGAAACCAGUUUGGACAAUGCACGAGAUCCAGACGAUAGCCAAAGAGUAUAUAAACGAGGAGGAAGUCAGCCGAGUCGUGGCUGCCAACAAACGGCAAUCCGGUUACAACCAACCUCGGCAACAAGUUUACCAGCAAAUAGCCGAGAAAGGUAUCCUGCCGAAGCCCCGACCACUCAAGGACUGUACGGGCGGAAAUAAGAAUUUCUACUGUGACUACCACAAAGGCUACGGUCACCAAACACAGGACUGCUUUGACCUGAAGGAUGCACUAGAACAAGCGAUAAGGGAAGGUAAGCUAGCGGCAUUCUCCCAUCUUAUCAGGGAGCCGAGGAGGCGUCAUCGCGACCAAGACGAAGAAGGCAAAACCCGUUCGACAAAACGGCGACAAGAGCCAGAAGACAGAGACCACGGCCUCACCGUGAUAAACGUGGUGACGGCCAAAAACGCCGCGUCAAGGUCACGAUCGGCGCACAAGAAAGAUGCUAAGGUGUUGGCGGUCUCCUCCUCGUUGGUGCGAAACUCUAAGAAGCCCCCAUCCAUUUCUUUCGGCCCGGAAGACCAAUGGUUCGACGACGCCCCGGAAAACCCUCCCAUGGUCAUCAUGGCCAGAGUAGGAACCGGUCUCGUCAAACGCAUCCUUGUCGACACAGGGGCUGAUUCGAACAUCAUGUUCCGCAACGUAUUUGACGCGCUGGGACUAAGGGACGCCGAUCUAACGACUCACCAACACGGGGUCAUCGGAUUGGGCGACCACUUCAUCAAACCUAAUGGAGUAAUAUCUCUGCCAAUUUCAGUGGGACAGACUCAAGGCCGAAGAUCGGCGAUGGCCGAGUUCGUGAUCCUCCGAGAUUCCACCGCCUAUAAUAUCAUCCUGGGAAGGAAGACGAUCAACGAUGUUGAAGCGAUAAUCAACACGAAGCUGCUAGUCAUGAAGUUCGUUACCGAUGACGGAUCUAUAGGGUCCAUAAGGGGAGACCUCGAGACGGCAGUCGCUUGCGACAAUGCCAGCCUCUCCCUAAGGAAGAAAUCCAAAGAGGCGUCCGGCGUGUUCCUAGCUGACCUGGACGCCAGAGUAGACGACAAACCGAGACCGGAACCAGAAAGGAGACCUGGAAAAAUUCAUAAUCGGCGACACGGAGAAAAAAUUCACGUUCAUCAACAAGAACCUCCCGCAUGA